AUGACAUCUCCUGCAAGUACAAGCUCUUCUACAACUGAGUCUCAAACAGCAGAACCUACAACAUCUCCUGCUAGUACAAGCUCUUCUACAUCAGCAGGAACUCAAACUGCAGAACCCACAACACCCACUGCCAGUACAAGUUCUUCUACAACAGCAGAACCUACAACAUCUCCUGCCAGUACAAGCUCUUCUACAACUGAGUCUCAAACAGCAGAACCUACAAUAUCUCCUGUCAGUACAAGCUCUUCUACAACAGCAGAAACUCAAACUGCAGAACCCACAACACUGCCUGCCAGUACAAGCUCUUCUACAACUGAAUCUCAAACAGCCGAACCUACAACACCCACUGCCAGUACAAGUUCUUCUACAACAGCAGAACCUACAACAUCUCCUGCCAGUACAAGCUCUUCUACAACUGAGUCUCAAACAGCAGAACCUACAACAUCUCCUGCUAGUACAAGCUCUUCUACAUCAGCAGGAACUCAAACUGCAGAACCCACAACACUCACUGUGAGUACAAGUUCUUCUACAACAGCAGAACCUACAACAUCUCCUGCCAGUACAAGCUCUUCUACAACUGAGUCUCAAACAGCAGAAACUAAAACAUCUCCUGCCAGUUCAAGCUUUUCUACAACUGAGUCUCAAACAGCAGAACCUACAACAGCCUCUGCUACAACAAGCUCUCCAUCAACGGUGUCUCCAACAUCAGCUCCUUCAACACCCCCUGCCAGUACAAGCUCUUCUACAACUGAGUCUCAAGCAGCAGAACCUACAACAUCUCCUGCCAUUACAAGCUCUUCUACAACUGAGUCUCAGACAGCAGAACCAACAACAUCUCCUGCCAUUACAAGCUCUUCUACAACUGAGUCUCAGACAGCAGAACCUACAACAUGGCAACUGUGA